AUGACUCUUGUGCUCCUGUGGCUCCUGAGUCUGCCUCUCCCUGCCCUCAGCGAAGCUUUGGAUCUUCAGUGCACCCUGCAGAAUGUCUUUAACCCAGGCUUCAUGGCUGAUGGACAUUUCGUCAUUGGGGGUAUUUUUCCCCUGCAUUACAACCAGGAAAUGCCAGACCUGAACUGCACCUACAAACCAGGCCCAGUGAAGUGCAAUGGGUUUGAUCCCAGAGCUUUCCGCUGGGCUCUGGCCAUGAAGCUUGCUGUGGAGGAGAUUAAUAACAGUAGCAAGCUGUUACCUGGCCAUACCCUGGGCUAUAAAAUAUUUGACUCCUGUGCAUACCCUUUGACAGGGCAAAGGGCAACUUUGGCUGUUCUAAAUGGGCGAAAUGAAGCAGACAUGCCGAUGUGUUCUGGUGCUGGCCCGAUGGUGGCCAUUAUCGGUGAAUCAGGUUCCGCUCAGUCUAUUGUUUUAUCCAGAAUUUUGCGACCUUUCAUGAUUCCAAUGAUCAGCUACUUCUCAUCCUGUGCCUGUCUCAGUGACAGACGUGAAUUCCCCACGUUCUUCAGGACCAUCCCCAGUGAUGCAUACCAGGUUAAAGCUAUCGCCAAGCUGCUGCUACACUUCAACUGGACAUGGGUGGGUGUGGUGCGGGGGGACCACGCUUAUGGGCACUUUGCCCUGCAGGGACUACUAAAGGAGUUGGACGGCACAAGUGUUUGCAUAGCCUACCAGGAGAUGAUCCCCCUGCUGUACAAUACCCGUAGAGCACUAGAAAUCAUUCAUGUCAUUAACAGCUCCAGUGCACGGGUGGUGGUAGUGUUCUCAGCUGAGGGGGAGCUGACACCCUUCCUGAGGGACUGUAUGGAGCAGAAUCUCACUGGAAUCCAGUGGGUCGCCAGCGAGGCUUGGGUGACAGCCUCAGUGUUCACUGAAAGCAAAUACUACCCCUUGCUAGGAGGAACCAUCGGGUUUGGGAUACGACAAGGCCACAUCCCAGGGCUGCAAGAGUAUCUGAUGAUGGUGAACCCCCAGAAGUACCCCUCCAACCCCCUGGUGCAGGAGCUGUGGGGGGCCCUGUAUGGUUGCUCCCCCUCCCCCUCCAGCAGUUCCAGUGGUGGCACUCAACUGCCCUUUUGCACGGGGCAGGAGACACUCCACAAGCAACACUCUGCCUACAUGAACACCUCCAAUACUCGCAUUACUUACAAUGUCUACAAAGGUGUGUAUGCUAUCGCUCAUUCCCUCCACAACCUCAUGUCCUGCAAGCCUGGAAAUGGCCCAUUUAUUAACUCCACAUGUACGGAUGUCACUAAAGUCUACCCAUGGCAGCUUCAACACUACCUCCAAGAGGUCUCAUUCACCAUUUCAGGAGAGAGGGUCAACUUUGACAUGAAAGGCGACUCAAUCCCAUCAUACGACCUGAUUAACUGGCAGAAGGGCACGGCAGGCAAUAUUGAGCUAGUUAAAGCGGGCAUGUAUGAUGAGGCUCAGGAGGCUGGGAGUGAACUGGUCGUUUAUGACACGGCUCUUGCGUGGCCUGGAGACCAGAGUGAGGUGCCAGUAUCCGUUUGCAGUGACAGCUGCACUCCAGGAUUUAGGAAGGCUGUCCGUAAUGGGGAGCCUCUGUGCUGCUUUGACUGUGUACCAUGUGACAGUGGCAAAAUUAGCAAUCAGACAGAUUCAAUAGAUUGCAUGGCCUGUCCUGAUGACUACUGGUCCAAUGUUGAUGGAACAGCAUGUAUCCCUAAGGUUGUUGAGUUCCUUUCCCAUGAUGCAAUGGGGGUAAUACUGACAGUAAUUGCUGUGGUAGGGGCUUGUGUCACUUUAUCUGUAUUUACAGUCUUUCUGUACCACAGAAAUACUCCCAUAGUACGCAUCAAUAACUCAGAGCUGAGCUUCUUUGUCCUGUUCUCCUUGACUCUGUGUUUUCUGUGUGCAUUGAUCUUUAUUGGGGAGCCCACAUCCUGGUCCUGCAUGUUGCGCCACACGACUUUCAGCAUCACCUUCUCCCUCUGUAUCUCCUGCAUCCUGGGCAAAACCUUAGUGGUCCUGGCUGCCUUCACAGCCACGCAGCCUGGAAACAAUGUGAUGAAAUGGCUCAGGCCUGUGCAGCAGAGGAUCAUCAUCUUUAGCUGCACACUGGUACAAAUGCUGAUCUGUGCUGCAUGGCUCAUAGCCUCCCCACCGUUCCCUUACAGAAACACACAGUAUCAGCAUUCCAAGAUCAUUCUAGACUGCAGUGUGGGAUCAGACCUGGCUUUCUGGUGUGUCCUUGGCUACAUUGGCCUCUUGGCGACUGUGUGUUUUGUUUUGGCCUUCCUGGCACGCAAACUACCUGGAAAUUUUAAUGAGGCUAAGUAUAUCACCUUUAGCAUGCUGAUAUUUUGUGCUGUUUGGCUAGCCUUUGUUCCUGCCUACGUCAGCUCACCUGGUAAAUUUACUACAGCCGUUGAAAUAUUUGCUAUUUUAGCAUCCAGUUUUGGCCUGCUUUUGUGCCUAUUUGCUCCAAAAUGUUAUAUUAUUUUAUUAAAACCUGAGAAAAACACCAAACAGCAUUUAAUGGGCAAAUAA